AUGGAGUUAUGUGUGGUCUUGGUGCUGGUCGCACUGUGUUACGCCAGUCCUUAUACACACACGAGUUCGGAGGAAACGGAGGCUUUCGAGUAUUUGGCAAAGCUCGAUCCAGAGAUCCUUGCACGUCGAAACGCAGCCAUGGAAGCCAACUGGACAUACGAGUCCAACAUUACGGACGAAAACUUGGAUAUUAAAAACCAGGUGGCCGCAGAAAAUGCUUCCUUCUUCAAGGAAGUUGCAGAGCGUCUCGCCAAAUACGACUACAAUAGUUUUCAUGAUGAGGACUUGAAGCGACGAAUUGAGAGACUUGUUGGCCUAGGAUAUUCCGCUCUGCCGGAGGAUCGAUUUGGCAAAAUAAUGGAUGCCAUAAACAACAUGAAGGAAAACUAUGCCAAAGUGAAAAUUUGCGAUUACCAUGAUCGUACAAAGUGCGACCUGGAACUAGAGCCUGAGCUGACGGAGAUACUGGCCAAAAGCCGUGACCCCGAGGAGCUGAAGUACUAUUGGCAACAGUGGCACGAUGCGGCAGGAGCACCCACGAGGGAAGAUUUUCAGACCUAUGUUGAACUGAAUAACGAAGCAGCUAAACUGAACAAUUACCACUCUGGGGCCGAAUCGUGGCUCAGUGCGUAUGAAGAUGAAACUUUCGAACAGCAAGUGGAAACGGUGAUGGAAGAACUGCGACCAUUUUACGAACAAAUCCACGCCUAUGUUCGACACCGCCUGAGGGAGUACUAUGGUGAGGAUGUUGUAUCGGAAAAGGGACCCAUUCCGAUGCAUUUGCUUGGCGACAUGUGGGCUCUUGCGUGGCAUCAAAUCGCCGAUAUCACAAGCCCCUUCGCUGACCGUCAGCUGUUGGACGUGACUGAUGAGAUGGUUCGUCAGGGCUACACUCCGAUCCAGAUGUUCGAGAUGGGCGACCAGUUUUUCCAGUCGUUGAACAUGACAAAGCUUCCUCAGACGUUCUGGGAAAAAAGUAUUCUAGAGAAACCGGAAGAUGAUCGCGAUAUGAUUUGCCACGCCAGUGCCUGGGAUUUCUCGAAACAGGACGAUGUACGCAUCAGGCAAUGUACACGCGUUACGAUGGAACACUUGUUCAUUGUCCACCAUGAACUUGGCCACGUGCAAUACUAUCUACAGUACCAGCAUCAACCGAGCGUGUAUCGUGGUGGAGCCAAUCCUGGAUUCCAUGAGGCGGUUGGAGAUGUUCUUUCCCUUUCAGUUUCUACUUCAAAACACUUGGAGAAGAUUGGCUUGCUGAGGGACUUCGUGCAGGAUGAGGAGUCGAAGCUGAAUCAGAUAUACAGCGCUGCAUUGGAUAAGUUUGUGUUUUUGCCAUUUGCCUACACGAUCGAUAAGUAUCGGUGGGGUAUCUUCCGGGGUGACAUUAAACCAGAAGAGUACAACUGCAAAUUCUGGGAGAUGCGCACGAAGUACUCCGGCGUUGAGCCACCAAUAAUGCGUUCUGAAGCUGAUUUGGAUUCCCCUGCAUUGUACCACAUUUCGGCGGAUGUGGAAUAUCUGCGAUACUUUGUAGCGUACAUUAUUCAGUUCCAGUUCCAUCGGGCAGCCUGUGAGAAGGCCGGCGAAUACGUGAAGGGCGAUCCGGAAAAAACGUUGAACGAUUGUGACAUCUACCAGAGCGCUGAAGCUGGCAACGCCAUCAAAGCAAUGCUGGCAAUGGGAUCAUCGAAACCGUGGCCAGAUGCGAUGGAGGUCCUGACGGGAGAACGACGUAUGAGUGCCGAUGCCCUGAUUGAAUACUUCCAACCGCUAUACGACUGGUUGGUGAUUGAAAACGAACGUCUGGGAGUAUACAUCGGCUGGGAACCAUCCGACAGUAAGUAG